AUGGAUGAAAAAAGGUUCUUAGAACUUUUGCAAGACAUACAGAUACCCGACACAGAAAGAGUUAAAGCAGCAACAACUGUGUUAAGAAAGCAAUACUACCCUCAUCCCGAAUCACUAGCGUUUCUACUGCAAAUACUCACAUCAUACCAUGAUGAUGGAGUACGCCAGCAAGCUGCCAUCGAGUCUUUGCGUCUAAUUCAGAAACAUUGGACAUCAAUAACUGACGAUAAAAAGUUGAUUAUUCGUGAAAGCCUUCUCCAAGGUACUCUUGGGGAAUCAAAACCUCUUAUUCGCCACGCUUCGGCACGCGUGAUCGCAUCCAUUGCGGCAAUAGACUUCAAGAAUCAACAAUGGCCUCAGCUCGCUUCACUUCUGGCUCAUGCAACUACAUCCGACCAAGUAUCACAUCGCGAGACGGGCACGUAUAUAAUUUAUACACUCUUAGAGUCUGACUGCGACAUAUUUCAAGAUAAAACAUCUGAACUAUUUCAACUAUUUGGUAACACAAUAAAGAACACCGAGAGUAACGAGGUUCGCAUAAAUACGCUCCUCUGUCUAGGAAGAAUAGCCGCGUUGAUUAAGCCUGAUGAAGAUGAGCUCAACCUCACCCGUUUCCAUGAAAUAUUUCCCCAGAUGGUUGCUGUAUUAAAGUCUGCUAUUGAUGAAGAUAAUGAAGACCAUAUCAUGCAAGCCUUCGAAGUUUUUCAAAAUCUACUAUGCUCCGAGUCUGCUCUUCUUAAUAAACAUUUCAAAGAUCUAAUCACCUUCAUGAUGGAAAUAUCUUCCAGUACAUCAAUAGCAGAUGAAUCACGGACUCAAGCGUUAUCAUUUCUAAUGCAAUCAGCAAAAUUCAGAAAAAUGAAGAUACAGGGGACAAAGGAUCUCGGGGAAAUGCUAACACUCAAAAGCAUCCAAAUAGCUACAGAGAUCGACGAUGAAGCUGAUGACGACGAUGAUGAUGAAGUCACCCCAUCAAAAACCGCAUUAGGUCUCCUUGAUCUUCUUGCAACCAAUUUACCUCCUCGUCAAGUCAUUGUUCCUCUGCUCCAGGUUCUACCACAGUAUGUACAAAAUCCGGAUCCCAAAUUUCGCCAGGCCGGUAUACUAGCGCUUGGCAUGUGUGUCGAAGGAGCUCCAGAUUUUAUUGGUACUCAAUUGGACAACCUUGUACCCAUAAUCUCUCAACUUCUGGACGACCCUGAAAUACGCGUCAGAGGUGCAGCGUUAAACAGUGUCGCUAGACUUGCUGAUGACUUAGCUGAGGAACUAUGCAAGCAUCACGAAGCUCUCGUCCCUCUUUUAGUAAAGAAUCUUGACGCUUCAAGCUCGCUUUCACAAGCCGGUGGUAACGAAUCAUCUAGAAGUCUCGAAAUCUUGAAGUCCUCAUGCGGAGCUUUGGACUCUGUAUCCCGUGGAAUAGAUAAAGCAACCAUGCUUACAUACAUUCCAGAGCUUGUACCCCGACUAGGAAAUCUCCUUAGCCACCCUGAUAUGAACGUUAAAGCUAGCGCAGCUGGUGCCUUAGGCUCCAUUGCCGAAUCUGCCGAGAAUGAGUUCAUGCCAUAUUUUGAGAGCUCAAUGAAGGCUCUCUCGCAGUUUGUAACAAUCAAACAUUCUUUCGAAGAGCUGGACCUUAGAGGUGUAGUCUGUGAUGCUCUCGGAAGCAUUGCUACUGCUGUAGGCGCCGAGGCAUUCAGGCCUUACGUGAAUGACUUGAUGCAGGCUAGCGAAGAGGGUCUUCAUCUUGGACAUCCACGCUUACGAGAAACUAGUUAUAUACUAUGGAGUACUCUAGCUAAAGUUUACGGAUUGGACUUCAACCCCUACUUGGAAGGAGUAGUUAAGGGCCUUUUUGAAUCUUUGGAACAGAUAGAGAUAGAAGACCAAUUAGACCUGGAAGACGGAAAUCAAGAACUACUCGGGCAGAAAGUUAACGUAUCUGGAAACAAGAUCACUUCUGCAACUUCAUCAAAUUGCUGCAGCGAAGAGAUAUGCAAUGAUCAUGACUCGGAUUGGGACGAUGACUUUUCACACACUGCAGUUGCUAUGGAGAAAGAAGUUGCCAUUGAAGUUCUUGGUGACGUUAUAAGUCACACUCGUCGUCACUUUAUGCCAUACUUCGAGAAGGCCGUUGAAAUAACUCUUGGACUAGUAGAGCAUGGCUAUGAUGGUGUUCGCAAGGGUGCCAUAGGAACCUUAUGGCGCUCAUAUGCAUGCUUGUGGGCCAUAAUGGAAGAUGAUUCCGGUCAAAAAUGGACACCUGGACUGCCACUGAAGCAGACACCCUCAGGCGAGGCUCUUAAAUUAGGAGAACUUGUUACGGCUGCCACAACAUCCAUAUGGGAUGACGAAAUGAACAGGGCAGUUGUGACCGAUAUUAACAGGAACGUUGCGGCGACACUCAAACUUUGCGGACCUGCUAUUCUCACGCAGAACAAUUUUACCGAAAGAACAAUUACUACAUGUGCUGCUAUAAUCACUAAAUCACACUCGUGCCAACAAGACCUCGGUGAUGAGAAUGGACAGGGUGAGACUGAAGAUGAAGAAUCAGCGGAGUACGACUGGCUUGUUAUUGAUACGGCGCUCGACGUUAUAAUAGGUCUCUCCAAGGCAAUCGGAAAUCAGUUUUCUGAUAUCUGGAGGGUUUUCCAAAAGCCCAUCAUGAAAUUAGCAUCAUCUCAAACCAAUUAUGAGAGAUCAACUGCCGUGGGUGUUAUUGCAGAAUGCACUUCCAGUAUGGGCGAAGCUGUAUCACCAUUCACCAAGGAGCUUUUAAACAUACUCCUCCAUCGUCUAGGCGAUGAAGAUGCCGAAACAAAAUCCAAUGCCACGUAUGCCCUCGGACAACUUAUUUUCAACUCUACGUCAUCAAAUGAAUAUCUCGGGUCUUAUGAAACCAUUCUAUCCAAGCUUGAGCCACUCUUACAAAUCCAAAAUGCUCGAACUCUAGAUAAUGCUGCCGGCUGUCUAUCUAGAAUGAUUAUGGCACACAUUGAUUGCGUUCCAGUUAAUGAGAUGUUACCCAUGCUAGUUGACGUGCUUCCUUUGAAAGAAGAUUAUGAGGAAAAUGGACCCAUUUUCGAAUGUAUCACCGGGCUUUACCAACAAUCUCACCCAACAAUAAUUUCAUUAACUCCUAAGCUGAUACCAGUAUUUACCGCCGUCCUCGAUGAACCAAUGGCACAGAUUGAAACGAAUAUUCGCGAGAAAAUCGUUGAGACAGUCAAAUUCAUCGCUGCGAAAGAGCCAAAUAUCGUACAGGGAAAUCUUGUUCUCUCUAAUGUAUUGAAUUCAUAA